AUGUCUACACGCAAGAAACAACCUCUCGGAGAACUGAGCAAUUCACAAACCCCCAGUCGAUAUGCACCCUCCACACCACACGCGAUUCGAGCCCUUCAACAACGAAGUGGCGCCGCACGAUCGCGGUCAGCAUAUGUGCGCAGAACGCGAGGCUAUAGCGACACGAUAGUAAACCCGGAGUCUGCGCGAGGUAUUCUGCGGCGGUUGGCAAAGCUUACGGCGCAGAAAGUGGAAAAGAACGAGACAAUUAGGAGAUUCGAUGAUGAUAAAGAAAAUCAUGACACGCCCGACCAGGAAGAUGGAGUUUUGUCUAAGAGACCGAGGUUGACGCUCGAUGUGGAAGAUAGUUUGGAUGAAGAUGAUAAUACAUCGGGCUUGUUACCCUUGUGGAGAGGAGAAGAGGACGAGGACGAGGACAGUGAGAUUUUGGUUGUUCCAACGCCUUCAAUCUUGCCAGAUGACGAUCCUGAUGCACCCACGCUGACCUUCAAAUCUAUCGACUUUGGUGGUCCGCAUUCCGACAGCAUCGUCGCCCGCCGGAAAUCAUCAAGACCCUCGUUUCCUCCGUCGAGUCCUGGUGGUGACAUGGAUGACGACGUUGAUAAUGCCGAGGAUCCAACCAUCUUGAGUGAGAUGGGAAGGAGAGCGAUCAGUGAAGAACCAACGGGACGACUAUCACGCUACAGUUUUGGCAGUAUUAGGAUGAGUGAUUUUGGAUCUGAGUUGGAAUUUCGUCGGGAUUCGGACUUGGAGCAGCACCUCAAAGAAAAGCCACAAGUCGAGUUGGAGGGUUAUAACCAUGGGGAUCAGAAUGAUGAGCCCAUGCUUUUUCCAGAUGAGACGGAAGAUUUGCGACAUCUUGCUCAGUCGCCCACACUGUUGUUACAUGACGACAGUACUGUCAACAUUCCACCGAUGGAUGAGAGUUUCCAGUUGGAGAAUCCUGUGGAUGAAAUGACCUCUGCCAAUCUCAAAGCAGGAAAUGUCUUGCCAGAGCCUCGACCGAGUUCUCCACCUGCGCCCCAAGAUAUCCCGGCGAGUGUCGCAGACGAAUCGACAAGAUCUGAGCUACACCAGGAACCAGACGAGGCAAUUGUUGCGAAGCCGACAGUGUCAUCCACAAAGGCCUCAGUACCUCGGCGCCGCAAGGUCAAAAUGACACAGAACGGUCAAGUGAUCCCUUCACUUCCGGCAAGUUUGAUCAAAAGAGUUGCCAUUCAAGCGCAAGAUCGUUUAGGCAAUCGCAGACCAAAGCUUGGUCGUGACCACGUCAAGGCGCUCGAACAAGCCACCGACUGGUUCUUUGAGCAGGUGGGCCAAGACCUGGAGGCAUACUCGGACCAUGGCAGACGGAAGAGGCGGGUGGACGCAAGCGACAUGCUCAUGUUGAUGAGACGGCAAAGAGUACUCGGUGGAUCAGGUGAACUUGGUCAAGCGGCCAAAGAGCUUCUCCCAAAAGAGGUUGUGGCUGACUUGGAGUUGCCCGAGACCUUGUAA